AUAUUGACUGCAUUCGGUUUCGAUCGAAAUUGCAGAGCAGUCGUGCGCGCGCGCAGCCGUCCUUCCCACUCUAUACCGGUCCGCCUCACCGGACACCCGCGCGUUUCUUCCGGCCGAAUAGAAACUUAUCCUAAUUCCCGAAAACAAUUAUGGACCGAUAACCUUUUAUGUGAAUACGUGACAUCUUACUACUGACGGAAACAUUGCAUCGCAUUGUGUUCUGAUACCAACUGUCACAAUGUACACACCGGAAUCAAGCGAUAUCAAAGAUUCGUCAAAGAACUUAAUGAGUGGGGAUUUCGAGAGACAAUACAAGGAAGGUAUGGAGAAAAGUGGUUCGCGGAGGAAGGGGUGUGUGAUAUUUGGUGUAACAGUGGGAGCUCUGGCCAUGUGGCUGCUAGUUCUAACCAUAGUUCGCGAAGUGCAAAUAAACAAGCUCCGUUAUGAGGUUGAUCAGCUCACUGCGAACAUGAUUGCGAUGACGGCUAAUGUUAAGUCCCUGAACCAGAAGCUCACAAACAAUCGGCUGUUCAAUGAAUUCAAGAAUUUGGAAGACACGUUGUACGCUGACGAAGAUCAAGACGUAAAUCUGGUAGAAGAUGACAAAGAAACGAAACAAGACAAACAAAGCUACGACUCCUUGGAAAAGCUGCACGGUCUGACGGUUUUGGAGGGUGAUGAUGAAGACAUGUUCGAGGGAGACGAUGAUGCGGAGAGCGGAGAUUGGUAUCCUGACUAUGAUAGGAGAGAAAAGAUUGGAACGACCAACAUGGUGCGGCUGACUCCCGACGACUUCAUGGAAGGUGUAGUCGGUGUGGACGUCGGCGGCAACCUCAACGAGAUCAAACGGCUGCUCAAUGAGAACCCAGAAAUACAGGAUAUUGCUCUGCCAACUUUACCAACGUUCACUCGUCACAAACCAGUCGAAGGGACGAGCAAGGCGCCCGACACAGAAGCUGAGAAGCAAAAUGGACGCGUCAAGCGACGAGUCAUGCCUGACUCCGCAGCUGAUGCCAUAACGCCGGUCAAUGCGCCUAAGGCAUUUGCUAAAUUAGAAGAAAGGCGUAAAACAAAGAAGUUCAACCCACAGACAGAUGCUAUAACUCCAUCCUUACACACCGUAUCUAGAACUAUAAGAGACAGCGCUGGAGAGGAAGACGGUCAAAGGCGACCUUUCAUAGCGGCACAUUUCCAUGGAAACACUUCGCAUCUUAGUACGGAGAUACAUGAACACUUCAAAGGUAACGGGCUGGUUCGCGUGGCGCACGGCGCGCCGCACGACGUGUGGUACCCCGCGCCGUGGACAAUCGCGUCCCCGCACCCGCGCCCCACGCUCACGCGCAGCGGCCACGUGCACGUUCACCACACUGGUGUUUAUUUCGUAUAUGUACAGAUCUACUAUCUAGACAGCCACGACAUCAUAUCCUGGGUACUCCACCGAACCAACCCGUACACAGAGGGUCGUGACACCCUCCUUCAAUGCGCACAGUCCUCCCACUCCUCAGAGCCCACGGACAAACCCAACUCCUGCUUCUCCGCCGCGGCCCUGUUCCUCAGAGCUGGUGACAGGCUCGCAGUGAGGAACACCGGUGGUGAUAGGCACUCCUUGAUGCAGCCCGAGAAGAGUUUCAUAGGUCUUGUUAAACUAGCCGAUGCGGAUGAACCGAUUGAGGAACUGUAGACGCGAUUAGCUAUACUAUUAUUUAUUUAAAUUGUAAAAAGCAAGCCAUUGUGUGUAGCGGAACCUUUGUAAAGAACGUACCAACUAACAAUUCGAGUAGAUUUCAAUGUAUUGGUGACUAAUGAAAUAAUUUCCACAAAAGGUCAAUAUGACAUAAUCUGUACGAAUAGUCAUUGAAUACGAGAAAUUAAAAAAAAAUAGUUUUGUUUAUUUUAACGUGUUUUUAUCGUAUGCUUACCCGUUGAAUGGAUUUAAAUUUAAUUGCAAAAUUAAAAAGUGAAAUGACACCACGGAGUGAAAUAUUUCUUGCCCUAAUUAUUCAAAAGUUCAAACAAUCAUCACUACUUUUGUACCUUUAAUAUAUACUUUAUACUGUAGUGAUAAGAAUUUCUUUAGCUUACAAUCUCGAUUUUGUAGUAUAGAAAUAGAGCCUACGUGAUUAUUUUAAUAUUGUAUAGUCAAAGAGUGCCAUUUUUAAUAGAAAAAAUGUAUAAUUAACAAACAAGUGAUGUGUGGCUUGCCUAUGUCGAAAUAAUGAUUUAUUUUGAAAUAAUCUUAAAGAAACCAUUAUCGAUACGUGGUAAAAUUAUACGUUUUGAAUACUUUUGUUGGUAACGAAAGAUCUGUAAUGCCAUUGAUAAUGUUAGAACAUAUUAAUGUUAAUAUUAAAUUAUAAUUUAUUAUAACUGUACUGUAAAUUUAACUUUACCCUUUAAGAUCUUAAAUGCAAUCUGGCAUUGUGAGUUAUUAUUAAAAUAUUUUUUUA